AUGGCCGCCUGCCGCGCUCUGGUCCUGGCGGCCCUGCUCCUCGCACCGGCGAACGGGCUCGCGUCGCUGCCGAAGCGCGCCAAGGCCAAGCACCAGGGCACCUUUGCCCACCACGAGCAGCCGCAGCCGGCGCCCGAGCAGGAGGGCAGCUGCCACACGGCCGUCAGCGGCGAGACGUGCCACAAGGACCUCGAGGUGACCUGGGCCAUGACGAAAGGCAUCGUCGAGCACAAGUUCCGCUACCCAGGACUGCACAAAACUGACGCGUUCGAGGUGUUCCAGGACUUCUUGCACAAGCGGCUCCCCGACGUGUGCCCCAAGGCCUGCAAGGCGGAGCCACAGAGCGAGCAGGGGGUGUCGGAGCCGGCGCAGCCGCUGCAGAGGAUGGAGGCGUGCCACACGGCCGUCGUGGGCGAGGGGUGUCACAAAGAGGUGCUCUGGGCCAUGCAGACGGGCAUCCACGAGAACCCUUCGUGGUACCCAGGGUUGACCAGCAACUCCAGCUUCGAGGACUUCCAGACGUUCCUGCACACUUUGGACAAGCUCAGGAACACUUGCGCGAUGCCGUGCAAUGACGAAAAGAUUGAGCGGAAGGAGGCUGAGCAGGGUGCCGAGGUGGAGAAGACCGUGGCCCUCGAGUCCAACGAUUCGGCUGCCGUAGAUGACAACACGAUCGCUACAGGGACGGAGUCGGAACAGACGCCGCCCGCCAUGCACGUGGAGUCAGCGCUUCCGACUCUCGCCCCAGGCACCGGCGCCGUGGAACCCAGCGCCCCGUCUGGAGGCGCCAAUCUCAUGAGUGGGCAAUCGUUCGAGGCGCAAAAGGGAAACAAGGUCGCGGAAGAAGCCGCGGCCAAGGCAGACGCCGAAGAGGAUGCAACGUUCCAGGCGGCGGCCAAGGUGGAGGCAGCGGCCAAGGAAGACGCAGAGUCCCAGUCGGCAGCAGCGGCCGAGAGUCAGGCUGCAUUCGAGACCAAGGCCAAGGCGGAAGCAGAAGCAGAUGCCGAAGAGGAUAAAGAGUUCCACUUGGCGAUCGCGACAGAGGCUGAGGCUGCCUUGGAGGCAGAGGCCAAGGCUCAGGCGAAGGCAGACGCCGCGGCGAAAGUAGCGGCAGAGGCCAUGAAAGAUGCACAGUUCAAGGCUGCGGCAGAGGCAGAGGCUAAGGCUGCGGCCAAGGCGGCGGCAGAUGCGAAGGCGGACGCAGAGGCAGAUGCCAAAGAGGAUGCAGAGUUCCGUUCAGCAGCCGCGGCCGAGGCUCAGGCUGCCUUGGAGGCACAGGCUAAGGCUAAGGCGAAGGCAGAGGCCGCGGCGAAGGCAGAGGCCGAGGCCAAGGCGGAUGCAGAGUUCAAGGCUGCCGUGGAUGCAGAGGCUCAGGCUGCGGCCAAGGCGGCGGCUGGGGCCACUGCGAAGGCAGAGGUCUGGGCAGAGGUUGCGGCGAAGGCGAAGGCAUGGGCAGAGGCUGCGGCGAGGGCGAAGGAAGAGGCAGAUGCCAAAGCGAAGCACCAGGGGGCCACUGCAGAGGAGGAUUACCAGAUAUCCACGACCCCGGCAGGGGCGGUGGCGGAAGAGGAUUACGGAAGAGGGGCGGUUUCGGACGAGGACUACAGGACCAGCACGACGGCGCCAGGGGCAGUGCCCGAGGAGGACUACGGAAGAGGGGCGGUCCCGGAAGAGGACUAUAAGACGACAACACCGGCCCCUGUACGUGCGCUGCCAGAAGAGGAUUACGAGGUAAAGGAAGAGGCCAAGGCGGAUGCAGAGUUCAGGGCGGCAGUUGAGGCAGAGGCCAAGGCUUUCAAGAAGCGCGCGGAGGCGCGUGCGACCCUCGUGGGCGAAGCGAAACAGGGCGCCCAGGUCGCGGAGGAGGUGCGGGCGUUGCCGGAGGAGAGGAUUACCUCGCGGAGGCGGAGGCCAAGGCGGACGCAGAGUUCCGGGCCGCGGCGGAGGCGGAGGCGCAGGCUGCCGUGGAGCGCGCCAAGGCCGCCGGGGCGAAGGAGGUAG